AUGAGGCUAGUGCUCCUCCCCUUUGAUGUGGAGCAGUGAGAGGAAAUUAGAGAAAGUGGAGCUGCCUGUCAAUCUCUCUGAACCACAUUCACCAGAGCUGGAGACUCUCAGUACUCCCGUCUUGAGCGGGGAAACUAAGGCUGGGAUCUGUCCCAGCCAGGAAGAAGGAAAGAGAGGGGACCGAAUCUGAUUUGUACUGCUGGUACCUGUAGAUAUUCUGCACCAUGGCAGAAGGAACGGAGGGAGAGGAGGAAAUCCAGUUCUUACGAACAGAUGACCAGGUGGUUCUACAGUGCACUGCUACUAUCCUAAAGGAGCAGAUCAAACUCUGUCUGUCCUGUGAGGGUUUUGGGAAUCGCCUGUGUUUUCUGGAAACUACAUCCAAUGCCCAGAAUGUUCCUCCUGAUCUGGCGAUAUGCUGCUUUAUUCUGGAGCAGUCCUUAUCUGUGCGGGCCCUUCAGGAGAUGCUGGCUAACACAACUGAGCUAAAUGAGGCAGUUGAUUUGGAUAAAUGGUCUUCACAAGGAGGAGGCCACCGCACGUUGUUGUAUGGCCACGCCAUCCUGCUCAGACACACUCACUCUGGCAUGUACCUCAGCUGUUUGACGACAUCAAGGUCACUCACAGACAAGCUGGCCUUUGACGUGGGCUUGCGGGAGGAGUCGACAGGUGAGGCAUGUUGGUGGACCAUUCACCCUGCAUCCAAGCAGAGGUCAGAGGGUGAGAAGGUCAGGGUGGGCGACGAUCUCAUCUUGGUUAGCGUGUCUUCUGAAAGAUAUCUGCACCUUUCCUAUGCCAGCGGAGACCUCAUGGUGGAUGCUUCUUUUAUGCAAACUCUUUGGAACAUGAAUCCAGUCUGUUCUGGCUGUGAGCUGGCAGAGGGUAGGCAACUAAUAUUGAUAUGCAUUGUGGAGAUCACCGAUUUCUUUGUAUUUACAACAAAUGUAAUGCAUUAUUUUGUGAUUAUUUUCCUUUGUUCAGGGUAUCUGACUGGAGGGCAUGUUCUGCGUCUUUUCCAUGGGCACAUGGAUGAAUGUUUAACAAUUCCUGCUGCUGACCAGGGAGAUGACCAGAGAGGAAAUGCACACUAUGAAGGUGGAGCUGUGUGCAGCCACGCCAGAUCUCUGUGGAGGCUGGAGCCUCUUCGCAUUGGGUGGAGUGGUAGCCACAUGAAGUGGGGUCAGUCCUUCAGAGUGCGUCACAUCACCACAGGCAGGUAUCUGUGUCUGGAUGAAGAGAAAGGACUCCUGCUUGUGGAUGCGGAAAAAGCGAAUACAAAGAACUCUGCUUUCUGCUUUCGUGCUUCAAAGGAGAAGACGGAGGUGGCUCAGAAACGUGAUGUGGAGGGAAUGGGGAUCCCAGAGAUCAAGUAUGGAGAGUCCAUGUGCUUUGUGCAGCAUGUCUCUACCAGCCUAUGGCUUACAUAUGCCUCAGUGGAUGCCAAAUCUGCUCGGCUAGGGCCACUGAAAAGGAAGGCUAUACUUCAUCUGGAGGGUCACAUGGAUGAUGCAUUGACUGUGGCGCGUUCUCAAACAGCAGAAUCCCAGGCUGCUAGAAUGAUCUAUAGCACAACAGGACUCUUCACUCAGUUCAUUAAGGGUCUGGACUCUCUGAGAGGGAAGAGUAAAUCUCCAGGCCCAUCGUCCCCGUCUCUGCCUCUAGAUGCCGUGGUUCUGUCCUUGCAGGAUCUCAUCUUCUAUUUCCGCCCUCCAGAGGAGGAGCUGGAACAUGAGGAGAAGCAGACCAAACUGCGCUCCUUAAGGAACCGACAGAAUCUAUUCCAAGAGGAGGGCAUGAUCAGUCUCGUAUUGGACUGUGUUGAUCGGCUGAAUGUCUACAACACUUCAGCCCACUUCUCAGAAUUUGCCGGGGAGGAAGCAGCUGAGUACUGGAAAGAGAUAGUCAACUUAUUUUAUGAGCUGUUGGCAUCUCUUAUCAGAGGAAACAGGGCAAACUGUGCUUUGUUUUGUGAUAAUCUUGACUGGUUGGUCAGCAAACUGGACCGUUUGGAGGCAUCCUCAGGCAUUCUGGAGGUGCUGUAUUGUAUCCUUAUUGAAAGCCCUGAGGUGCUUAACAUCAUCCAGGAGAACCACAUCAAAUCUAUCAUUGCACUUUUGGACAAACAUGGACGCAAUCACAAGGUUCUAGAUGUCCUCUGCUCUUUAUGCGUGUGUAAUGGUGUUGCUGUGAGGUCUAAUCAGAAUCUGAUCACUGAGAAUCUGCUUCCAGGACGUGAUCUCCUCCUGCAGACCAACAUCAUCAAUUAUGUCACCAGUAUGAGACCCAACAUUUUUCUGGGCACAUGUGAAGGCUCUACACAAUAUAAGAAGUGGUACUACGAGUUAAUUGUAGACCAUGUGGAGUCAUUCUUGACUGCUCAGGCAUGUCACCUUCGUGUUGGCUGGGCUUUGACCGAGGGUUACAGCCCUUACCCUGGAGGAGGAGAGGGAUGGGGAAGCAAUGGAGUUGGAGAUGAUCUUUACUCAUAUGGCUUUGAUGGGCUACAUCUGUGGACAGGUCGUGUACUACGUCAGGUGUCCUCAUCAAAUCCACACAUUCUCGCGGCUGGAGAUGUGGUGAGCUGCUGUUUGGAUUUGUGCGUCCCCAGCAUCUCCUUCCGGAUCAAUGGACAUCCCGUUCAAGGCAUGUUUGAGAACUUCAACCUGGACGGUCUCUUUUUCCCUGCGGUCAGCUUCUCAGCUGGGAUCAAAGUUCGGUUUCUCCUUGGUGGACGGCAUGGAGACUUUAAAUUCCUUCCUCCUCCUGGUUAUGCCCCAUGCUAUGAGGCAGUUCUGCCCAAAGAUAGACUGCAUAUUGAGCCCAUUAAAGAGUACAAGCAUGACUUUGAUGGGAUCCGGAACCUUUUGGGACCGACCCGGUCUCUUUCUCACACUGCCUUCACUCCCUGCCCGGUGGACACUGUGCAGAUUGUGCUUCCUCCUCAUCUAGAGCGGAUUAGAGAGAAACUGGCUGAGAACAGCCAUGAACUGUGGGCCAUCACUCGAAUUGAGCAGGGCUGGACCUAUGGACUGUUUCGUGAUGACAACAAAAAGCUGCAUCCUUGUCUAGUGGAUUUCCAGAGCCUCCCAGACCCUGAGAAGAACUACAAUUUGGCAAUGUCCGGAGAGACACUGAAGACUCUUCUGGCUUUAGGAUGUCACGUUGGAAUGGGUGACGAAAAAGCAGAGGAGAACUUGAAGAAAAUCAAACUUCCUAAAACAUAUAUGCAAAGUAAUGGAUACAAACCUGCUCCUCUGGACCUCAACCAUGUGAAACUGACACCGAAUCAGAACACACUUGUGGAAAGACUGGCUGAAAAUGGACACAAUGUCUGGGCUCGAGACCGUGUUCGUCAAGGCUGGACUUACAGCAUUAUUCAGGAUAUUGUGAACAAGCGCAACCCCCGUCUUGUGCCGUACAAUCUACUGGAUGAAAAGACGAAAAAGACUAAUCGUGACAGUGUAUGCGCUGCUGUACGGACUCUGAUUGGCUAUGGCUACAAUAUUGAGCCACCUGAUCAGGAGAGCAGUGGCCAUGGGGCUGGCAGUGGCCGGAGUGAUAAGAUCCGUGUGUUCAGGGCAGAGAAGUCCUACGCUGUAACCCAGGGAAAAUGGUACUUUGAGUUUGAGGCGGUAACAGUGGGAGAGAUGAGAGUUGGGUGGGCAAGACCAAGCGUCCAUGCAGACAGAGAGUUGGGAUCAGAUGACCUGGCCUAUGUCUUCAAUGGGUUCAAGGCUCAGCGUUGGCACAUAGGGAAUGAGCCGUUUGGCCGGCAAUGGCAGUCUGGUGACGUGGUGGGCUGCAUGAUUGACCUGACGGAGCAGAACAUCAUGUUUACUCUGAAUGGAGAAAUGCUUAUCAGUGACUCUGGAUCUGAGAUGGCCUUCAAAGACAUUGAGAUCGGAGAAGGCUUCAUCCCUGUGUGCAGUCUGGGACUGUCUCAGGUUGGCCGUAUCAACCUUGGGCAGAAUGUGAGCAGCCUGCGUUACUUCACAAUCUGUGGCCUGCAGGAAGGUUUUGAGCCUUUUGCCAUCAACAUGAAGAGAGAUAUUACCAUGUGGUUCAGCAAGAGCUUGCCCCAGUUUGUGCCUGUGCCAACUGACCACCCUCAUAUUGAGGUGUCCCGUGUGGAUGGAACAGUGGAUAGCGCCCCUUGUCUGAAACUGAACCAUAGGACAUUUGGGUCUCAGAAUGCCAACACAGACCUUCUGUUCUUUAGACUCAGCAUGCCAAUCGAAUUCCAUGAAACCUUUAAAGUGCCAGUGGGAGCUUCACCCCUCACCCGAACCCUCACUAUCCCUGAGGAUGAGGCCCUUGAGGUGGACCCUGAAUCUGAAUUUGAGCUCCUGAAGAAGUCAGCCACUCGUAAGGAGCAAGAUGAGAAAGAAAAAGAGCCAUCUGUCCCUAAAGAGCUUCCUGGCAACAAAGAAGGCGAGAAUGAGAAAGACACCACCACAGAGAAGAGCAAAAAGAAAGGGUUUUUUUCCAAGGCGAAGAAGGCAGCGUUUAUUGCCCCACCACCAGUGGUUCCAACAGUGCCUCGUCUGAUGGAGGACGUUGUCCCAGAUGAUCGAGACGAUGCUGAUAUUAUCUCUAACACAACGACUUAUUAUUAUUCAGUCCGGGUGUUUGCCGGACAGGAGCCCAGUGGAGUAUGGGUAGGGUGGGUCACUCCUGACUACCACCAGUAUGACCCACAUUUUGAUCUGGGUAAAGUCAGAAACGUAACUGUUACGGUUGGGGACGAUAAAGGCAACAUUCAUGACAGUGUAAAACGCAGCAAUUGCUACAUGGUUUGGGGAGGAGAGUUUAGCAGCUCACAGCAAACACGCAUCAGCCAGGAGGAUUUUGUGAUUGGCUGCUUGGUGGACCUGGACACAGGACUGAUGACCUUUACAGCCAAUGGGAAAGAGAUCAAUGCCUUCUACCAGGUGGAACCCAAUACUAAGCUCUUCCCUGCUGUCUUUUGUUUGCCAUCUAGCCAUAACAUGUUACAGGUGGAACUCGGCAAACUAAAGAACAUUAUGCCCAUCUCUGCAGCCAUGUUCCGUAGCGACCAUAAGAACCCGGUCCCUCAGUGUCCUCCCAGGUUGGAUGUCCAGAUGUUGACACCUGUCAUAUGGAGCCGGAUGCCCAAUCACUUUUUGGCUCCUGAAACUGGCCGUGUGAGUGAGAGGCAGGGCUGGAAAGUGCAAUGCAUGGAACCUCUUAUUAUGAUGGCGCUGCACAUUCCAGAAGAAAACAGGUGCAUUGACAUCCUGGAACUGUCGGAGUGCACCGACCUAAUGAAGUUCCAUUACCACACACUGAAACUGUACGGCUCGGUGUGCGCUCUGGGCAACAACCGUGUCGCUCACGCCCUCUGCAGCCACGUUGACGAAUCACAGCUCUUUUACGCCAUUGAAAACACCUUCCUUCCCGGCCCCAUCCGCAGCGGCUACUACGACUUGCUCAUCUCCAUGCACCUCGAGUCUGCCAAGCGCAACCGUCUCAUGACUAAUAAAGAGUUCAUUGUGCCCAUGACUGAUGACACACGUAGCAUCACCCUUUAUUCAGAUGCUGAGAAGGCCCAUGCGCUUCCUGGUGUUGGGCUCACCACCUGUCUACGCCCCAAACUACACUUUGCCCCAACUGGAUUUGUGGGUACUAAUGCAGACCUUUACACCCUCAGUCCCAUUUUACCACUGCAGAUGCUUAAAGACCAUGCUCUCAGCAUGCUUACAGAAGCUGUGCAGGACGGUGGUCAGGCCAUGCGAGAUCCCGUAGGUGGCAGCGUUGAGUUCCACUUUGUGCCCAUUCUGAAGCUCAUCAGCACCUUGCUAAUAAUGGGCGUGUUUGAUGACAGCGACGUCAAGCACAUCCUGAAGCUAAUCGAACCAUCCGUCUUCAGUGAUGGUGAGAACCCAGCUGAAGAACUGGAGGCUGCCAAAACUGGAGAUGCCGAGCAACAGCUGGUCUGCAACGAGGAAGGAAUGGAGGUAAAAGAGGAAGAGGAGGAAGUAGAGGGUGAAAAUGAGAGAGAGCUGCUGGAUGAAGGAAUGGGAGAGGAAGAGGAAGAAGAGCUUGAAGAAGAGGAGGAGGAUGAGCUCGAACCUGAGGAGGAGGAAUAUGAAAAGCAUGCUGGAAAAGAAGGGAAGGAGGAUGAACAUGCUGCAGAAAAAAUGGAUAGAGAGAAAACAACAGAUGAAGAAGUUGAGAAAGAAAUUGGUGCAGCAGAGGCAGAAGCAAAGGAUGUGGAGGAUGUGGGAGAGGGACUGCUGCACAUGAAGCUUCCUGAGUCUGUUAAACUUCAGAUGUGUACGCUCCUGCAAUAUUUCUGCGACUGUGAGCUACGUCACAGAGUGGAAGCCAUCAUUGCUUUCUCAGACAGGUUUGUCAACCAGGUGCAGACCAAUCAGAGACAGCGAUAUAACGAGCUCAUGCAGGCCUUCACGAUGAGUGCCGCAGAAACCGCCCGCAAAACCCGUGAAUUCCGCUCCCCUCCACAGGAACAGGUGAACAUGUUGAUGAGCUUUAAGAACUCUCCAGAGGAGGAAGUUUGCCCCGUUCCUGAGGAAGUCCGGAAUGACCUGCUGACAUUUCACCAAGACCUUUUGGCUCACUGUGGGGUUCAUAUUGAAGAGGAAGAGCAGGAAGAGGAGUUGGACUCCUCUCUGCGUGGGCGCCUCCUGAGACUAGUGGAGAAAGUUAAGAGCUUACGAAAGAAGCCAGAGGCUGAGCCUGAACCUGAAGAAGAUAAAAAACCCAGUACUCUGCAGGAGCUGAUUUCCCACACCAUGAUCCACUGGGCUCAGGAGUCUUUCAUUCAGAACCCUGAACUGGUGCGGCUCAUGUUCAGUCUGCUACACCGACAGUACGACGCCCUGGGUGAGCUGAUCCGAGCAUUGCCCAAAGCCUACACUAUCAAUGCAGUGUCUGUGCAAGACACAAUGGAGCUACUGGAGUGUCUGGGACAGAUCCGCUCCCUGCUCAUCGUACAGAUGGGGCCUGAAGAGGAGAGGCUGAUGAUCCAAAGUAUUGGAAAUAUUAUGAGCAACAGGGUAUUCUACCAGCACCCCAACCUGAUGAGAGCUCUGGGGAUGCAUGAGACGGUCAUGGAGGUUAUGGUGAACGUACUCGGAGGUGGAGAUUCCAAGGAGAUCAGAUUCCCUCGAAUGGUGACCAACUGCUGUCGUUUCCUGUGUUAUUUCUGCCGUAUCAGCAGACAAAAUCAGCGUUCAAUGUUUGAUCACCUUGGCUACCUCCUGCAGAACAGUGGCAUUGGACUGGGAAUGCGUGGCUCCACUCCUCUUGAUGUUGCUGCUGCAUCCUGUAUCGAUAAUAACGAACUUGCCCUGGCCCUCCAAGAACAAGACCUGGAGAUGGUGGUGAAGUACUUGGCAGGUUGUGGUCUGCAGAGCUGCCCCAUGCUCUUAUCAAAAGGUUACCCAGAUAUUGGGUGGAAUCCCUGCGGAGGCGAGAAGUAUCUGGAUUUCCUCCGCUUUGCUGUAUUUGUUAAUGGAGAGAGCGUGGAGGAGAACGCUAACGUGGUGGUCCGACUGCUAAUCAGGAGGCCUGAGUGUUUUGGUCCCGCGCUGAGAGGAGAAGGGGGCAACGGUCUGCUUGCUGCCAUUGAAGAGGCCAUUAAGAUCUCAGAAGAUCCUGCAAGAGAUGGACCCACUGUUAAAAAAGACAGACGCUUCCCCAUGUUUGGAGGUGAAGAGCAGCAUGAGGAGAACAGAGUGCAUCUGGGAAAUGCCAUCAUGUCCUUUUACUCAGCUCUCAUUGAUUUGCUGGGUCGCUGUGCACCUGAGAUGCAUUUGAUCCAAGCUGGUAAAGGCGAGGCUUUGAGAAUCAGGGCCAUUCUUAGGUCUCUGGUGCCUAUUGAGGAUCUGGUUGGUGUGAUCAGCUUGCCAUUCCAGAUACCUGCUAUUGGAAAAGAUAACAGCAUUAUUGAGCCAAAGAUGUCUGCCAGUUUUGUGCCUGAUCAUAAAGCACCAAUGGUUCUGUUCCUGGACAGAGUUUAUGGCAUCGACAACCAGGACUUCCUGUUGCAUGUACUGGAAGUGGGCUUCCUGCCUGACAUGAGAGCAGCAGCUUCCUUAGACACAGCUGCUUUCAGCACUACAGAAAUGGCCCUGGCGCUGAACCGUUACCUGUGCUCCGCUGUGCUUCCUCUUAUCACUAAAUGUGCUCCUUUAUUUGCCGGCACGGACCACCGUGCCAUCAUGAUCGACUCCAUGCUCCACACCAUCUACAGGCUGUCCCGAGGACGCUCUCUAACCAAAGCUCAGAGGGAUGUUAUUGAGGAAUGCCUCAUGUCUUUGUGCAGGUACCUGCGUCCAUCCAUGCUCCAGCACCUCCUCAGGCGGCUGGUGUUUGAUGUGCCGAUUCUGAACGAGUAUGCUAAAAUGCCCCUUAAGCUGCUUACUAAUCAUUACGAGCGUUGUUGGAAGUACUAUUGUUUGCCCAAUGGCUGGGCUAACUUUGGCGUAUCAUCAGAGGAGGAGCUUCAUCUGACCCGUAAACUCUUCUGGGGAAUUUUUGAAUCUCUAGCCCACAAGAAAUUUGAUGCAGAGCUAUUUAAAAUUGCCAUGCCAUGUAUAUGUGCGAUUGCUGGAGCGAUUCCUCCUGAUUAUGUGGAUGCCAGUUACUCCUCCAAAACAGAGAAAAAGGCCUCCGUCGAUGCUGAGGGCAACUUUGAUCCCAAACCUGUGGAUACGACCAACACUAUCAUUCCAGAGAAGCUGGAUGGUUUCAUCAACAGAUAUGCAGAAUACACACAUGAUAAAUGGGCAUUUGAAAAGAUUCAAAACAACUGGACUUUUGGUGAGGUGAUGGAUGAAAAUGCCAAGACUCAUCCCAUGCUCAGGCCUUACAAAACGUUCUCUGAAAAGGAUAAAGAAAUCUACCGCUGGCCCAUUAAAGAGUCCAUCAAGGCCAUGAUUGCAUGGGAGUGGACGCUGGACAAAGCCAGAGAUGGAGAUGACGAGAAAACAGAAAAGAAGACAGCUCGCAAGAUCUCACAGACUGCACAGGCGACUUAUGACCCCAGUCAUGGCUACAGCCCUCAGCCCAUUGAUAUCUCAGGCAUGACACUUUCCAGAGAGCUACAGUCCAUGGCAGAGCAGCUUGCAGAAAACUACCACAACACCUGGGGGCGCAAAAAGAAAAUGGAAUUACAAACAAAAGGGGGCGGCACACACCCUUUGCUUGUGCCUUAUGACACACUGACGGCUAAAGAAAAGGCUCGAGAUAGAGAGAAGGCAUAUGAGCUGCUCAGGUUUCUCCAGCUGAAUGGAUAUGCUGUGACAAGAGGGCUCAAAGAUAUGGAAAGUGACAUUUCCUCUAUUGAGAAGCGUUUUGCAUAUGGCUUCCUACAGAAGCUGCUAAAGUGGAUGGAUAUUGCCCAGGAAUUCAUAGCCCAUCUUGAGGCUGUUGUGAGCAGCGGCCGUGUGGAAAAGUCGCCACAUGAACAAGAGAUAAAGUUCUUUGCCAAGAUUCUUUUGCCUUUAAUAAAUCAAUAUUUUAAAAAUCACUGCCUCUACUUCCUUUCCACACCUGCCAAAAUCCUGGGCAGUGGCGGACAUGCCUCCAACAAGGAAAAAGAGAUGAUUGCAAGCAUCUUCUGUAAGAUGUCUGCCCUGGUGCGACACAGAGUGUUUCUCUUUGGUACGGAUGCACCUGCUAUUGUCAACUGCCUUCAUAUCCUUGCACGGUCACUUGAUGCCAGAACUGUAAUGAAAUCUGGACCUGAGAUCGUGAAAGCAGGACUGCGUUUGUUCUUUGAGAGUGCAGCUGAUGACAUUGAAAAGAUGGUGGAGAACCUCAAACUCGGCAAAUUGUCCAAAGGCAAUCAGCCGGUUAAAGGUGUAUCCCAGAAUAUUAACUACACCACAACAGCUCUGCUCCCUGUCCUCACUUCACUGUUUGACCACAUCGCUCAACACCAAUUUGGAGAUGAUGUUAUCUUGGACGAUUUGCAGAUGUCCUGUUACCGAAUCAUGUGUAGUAUCUACUCUUCUGGAACUGUAAAAACACCUCAUGCAGAGAGGCAUAGACCAGCCCUUGGAGAAUGUCUUGCUCAUCUCGCUGCAGCCAUGCCUGUGGCCUACCUGGAGCCCCAUCUUAAUGAAUACAAUGCGUUUUCAGUGUACACUACCAAGACACCCAGAGAAAGAGCAAUUCUGGGCCUUCCGAACCACGUCCAUGAGCUGUGUGACAUUCCUGAGCUAGACAUAUUAUUGAAAGAGAUUGGGGACCUGGCUGAAUCGGGGGCUCGCUACACUGAAAUGCCUCAUGUGAUCGAGGUCACCCUACCCAUGCUGUGUAACUAUCUGCCCCGCUGGUGGGAGAGAGGACUGGAGAUCUUUCCUGAAUUGGAGGGUAAGUUGUGUACGGACGUCACCUCCGAUCAACUCAACCAGCUCCUGGGAAGUAUCAUGAAAAUUGUGGUCAACAACUUGGGAAUCGACGAAGCUUCCUGGAUGAAGAGACUUGCAGUGUUCUCCCAGCCUAUUGUGAGCCGAGCCAAAGCAGAGAUGCUCAAAUCCCAUUUCAUUCCCACCAUGGAGAAGCUGAAGAAGCGUACAGCUAAAGUAGUGGCUGAGGAGGAGCACCUGCGUAUGGAGGGGAAGUCUGAGGGGGAUGAGGAGGAAGGAACUAUUAGAGAUGAAUUUGCAGUUCUCUGUAGAGACCUAUAUGCGCUGUACCCUCUUCUCAUCCGCUAUGUGGAUAACAACAGAGCAAGAUGGCUGAUGUGCCGGGACCCAGAUGCUGAGGAGCUGUUCCGCAUGGUGGGAGAGGUCUUCAUCUUCUGGUCCAAAUCUCAUAAUUUCAAGCGAGAGGAGCAAAACUUUGUGGUGAUGAAUGAAAUUAACAAUAUGUCCUUUCUCACUGCUGACAGUAAGAGCAAGAUGAGCAAGACCGGGGACUCUAAGGUUAGCUUCUCUGACUGCACGACUGCUGUGCUACCGCAUGGCACCUCACAUCUGGGGGGGCAUUUCAUCAACCCCCCAACACACUGGCACUCUACACACACAUAACAGUGACUUCUCAACUGUUUGACCAGACUAGUAUCUCACACUCUCCAUUACGUUACAUUUGUGGAUAGAUUUUAUGCUAGAUAGCAUAAUAGUAGUACUCCCAAUGGAUCGGAUUUCUAAGAGAUACAGAAUUGAAAAUGUGAAUUUGAGAGAAUAUAAUAAAAGAAUUAUGGGUAACAUGGCUACUAUAAUGCAGAUGAAAAGAUAGACCCUCUCAGUUUCAAGAAAAAUCCCAUCCCCACGGACACAAGGGCCACAGGGCGCCUGUCGUCCUGCCAGUGUGUGAGGGGGGGAGUCUGAAUGGAGGCGUUUGAUGAAAGAACUCUUUGUAGAGGCUCAUGGCACUUGAUUCCAUGUCUGUCGCAGAGUGUCCGAGCCCCUGGAGGCCUGUGCCAUCACCCUGUACAGCAGUUUGCAUCUGUUGGACUGUAGUUCGGAUGGGGAUCUUCAUACAUCUCUUAUCUUCCUUUUCUUUUUGUAUAAUGGCUGCAGGUUGGGGUCAAUAUUUAAUCUGUUCAGGAAGUCAACUGAGACUCAGUUGCAGAAAUGCACACAUCAAAUGAUUCAAACUGUAUUUCAGUUAAUUUCCUAAAUUGGAUUCAUGUGAAGGAAUUUGACCUCAAUUAAUGUAUAUUUCGUCAUACAUCUUCCUUGACCACGGGGGAGGCAUUUAGAGUCCAUCCUCUAAUGUGUGACUACUUUAUCCCCACUUAACUGGACUUGUUGCCGUACUAAUAUCCAAUGGCUCACAUCUCCAUAUUGUUCCAUUUUUGUCUCCCCAUCCACCCCUUUUAACCCAUGACCCCUGAUGCAAUCAAAAGAAAAUGAUUGAGGUGGGAUUGUGGAAAAAGGGAUUAAAUUUGCAUACUUUAGAACUGAUGUAACCUCUAAAACUUGGCUUUAAUUGUUCAGUUGCAUUCACAUAGUGGUCUACAGCUGAAACCUCCCUGUUUUCAUCCAAAAUAUCUUAAAAUGUGUUCCGAAGACGAACAAAGCUUUUACGGGUUUGGAACGAUAUGGGGGUAAGUGAUUAAUGACAAAAUUUUCAUUUUGGGGUGGCGUAUCCCUUGAAGACCCAGGCCCAGACAAAGAUAUGUUAGUCCAAGUUAUGAGACCUAGGUCUCAUCCAUUUCUAGCUUUUUUUAGCUGUAAAAAAAACAGCUUGUUUUGCUGCUUGAUAUUGCAAACUGGUGUUUCUUACCAUAUUUUUUCAAUAUUGUCUUAAUUAUGAACACUGGUUUGUAGUGUAAACAGUUUUACCCUUUACUGCGCUUUGUUAUUCUUCUCGUUAUUUCCCUCGUUAUUUCUCGUUAUCUCUCAGGCAUCAUUGGAUUGGAUUUUUUUUAACAAUUAAAACAACAACAACAACAACAGAUUUCACAUCAUAAACCUAAGCAUUUAAAUAUAAUCUUAGGAAAACAUAUUAUUAGGACAUAUCCAGUGAUAGCUGGAAUCUAUCAGAAUUUCAUCUGACGUCUUGACCAUAAAAAUGCCAUUCCUUAUAAGUAUAAAGACCAUCUAAUUUUUUGCUCAGUCUGGGCCACUGAAUAAAAGUGAGGUAUUUUUUCCUCUUUUAGUUUGAGCUCUGUAUGCUGUUUCGUACUGUUUGAACCAUAAAAGCCUGUGUGCUGUUCCAUAAACGUUCUGCGUUUAGUCUAAUAAAAGUUCCAGUUAAGUGCCCCUUCUGUUCAAAGUUAAGUAGUGCAUAUAAUGUUGUUGGGUCCUUAUAUGAUGACAUCACAAGUGUGAGCCAGGGUUUCAGCAGUAGCAGGGAAGAGCAUGUGGUUGUGACUGUUAUUGUUCCUCGUUUUAAGUUUAUCUGAAGUCACAUUUCUUUUUACGUCAUUCCAUGUUCAACAGUAAAGCUAAGAAAUGAUUCCUCGACUCUGUUGUCUUUGGGAGGCAUUAUCUGACUGCCGAAUAAAGCAAGGUGUUUGAUACAAAGGGCAGAACAUAAAUAAAUGCACAAACAAACACAUAUGCAAACACAUUUUUUUAAAAAUAUUUGUCUGUUAUAUUUGGGUCUCAUUAAUGAAGCAUAUGCAAAACAAUUUUUGUCUAAAACCAUUCUUACUUAAUUAUUGCAUUCAAAUCAGUUACAUAAAAUGUAUUUUGCUCAUGUUUCCUAAAUGAGGCCCAGUUUCUAAAACUGGGAGUGUGUUGGUUUGGAGGGGCAAAACUGGUGCAAACAGGACGUGUGUGAUCAAGAUUACUGAAAUGGUUUCCUUUGUCUCUAUGGGUUGGGUUUCUUCAAGGUUGGCAACCCAAAAUGAGUCAAAAGCAAUCGUUUCCCCUUAGUUUUAUAAUUAACUCCACUGAAUGUGUUUGUUAUUGUUACUGAGUGUGGGAUUGCAGUUCCUCCUCCACCCACUGAGGCUGAGCAUGUUAUGACUGUGCAUGUCCUUGCAGACCUUUCAGUGCAUGGAGUGUAUUAAACUGUACUGACACAUUACAGCACCGGCCAACUGUAGAGCCUGCUUCUAUUAUGUGUCUGAGCUAAGAUGAUGUUGCAGUUGAAUGAUUUUUGCCCCUUUUGUUGCUGUCAACUCUCUGUUAAGUUACAGUAGUAUUGAGAUUUCAGCUUCAGACCUACUACAACUUGUCUUCCCCACUAAGCCCCACUGUUGUUGUCUAUUUCGAUAAAAAGCAACCCUAAACAUUUACCCUUCCUUCCCUCUUAAUGACCCUAUUAAUCAGAAUGACUUAUUUCUAAGGACUGUUCUCUAAAGAAGUCCUAACUUAAAAAUAAAAUCUAAUGACUGAAGUAAUGCCUUCAAGUAAAGGUGGAUUGGUCUGUUUAGGUGUCUAGGUCCUGGUGAGGGAACAGGAAGCUUUGGAUUUUGCUCAAUAAAAUAAUAGUACACUCUUGAGGUGGAUGUCCAUUUUGUGGUCAACAGACUCUGUUAGCACAUCAUUCAAUAUGAAAAUCGCCUCACAAGAUGCUAAGGUUUCAUUGAAAGUUAUUUCAUGAUGUCUGUGUCAGCUGUAAUGCUUUGAAUG